GGGAGCUGUUGCGCCUCGGACAAGUUCCCGAGAGGAGAGCAGUGAGGCAGACAGCGCGCAGAGGAGAAGAGGAGGAGAGGAGGAGAGAAGAGAGAAAAAGAAAGAGAAAGAGACGGAGAGGCGACUGGAUAAGGGGGAUUUAAAGGACAUUUUUUCCCGAAACGGAUUCGGUGUAAAAGUAAAGGAUUUAUCAGACAGUCAUGGCAACUGAGACGACGUCUUGUACAGGCUCCACUCUGCUGCAGCCUCUCAGCGACAUGAUUGACCUUCCUCUGGAUCAGGUAAAUUUUGUGGCCUGCCAGAUCUUUGCCCUGCUCACAGCCUGCUGGUUUCGUCUUUAUCUGCACCCCAGCAAGACCAGUCCCUUUAUCCGGCAUGUCGUGGCUACACUGCUGGGGUUCUACCUGGCCCUCUUCUGCUUUGGCUGGUAUGCUUUUCACUUUCUGCUUCAGAGUGGACUUACAUAUGGUAUCAUGAUCUUCACUGGGGUGGAGCACAUGCACAGAUAUUGUUUUGUGGUCGCUCUGGGCUACCUUACCCUCUGCCAGAUCACCCGUGUCUAUGUUUUCGACUACGGCAUGUACUCGGCAGACUUCACUGGGCCCUUGAUGGUAAUCACACAGAAGAUCACCAGUCUAGCAUUUGAGAUCCAUGAUGGUCUAACAAAAAAAGAAGAGCACUUGAAGCCUACUCAAAAGUAUUUCGCUAUCAGGAAAAUGCCAAGUCUUCUAGAAUAUUUGAGUUACAACUGUAACUUCCUGGGAAUCCUGGCAGGUCCCACCUGCUCCUACAACGAAUACACAGCCUUUAUCGAAGGCACGGGCUACCAGCACAAUCAUGUGGUGUCAAAUGGCAAGGAGAAUGGCAAAUUCAAGCAGAGCGACCCCUCACCAAAGAGAGAUGUACUUGUGAAGCUGGGCACCUGCGCUAUCUGCUUGCUGGUCUAUCUCACCUUCUAUCGCAUAUGUCCUGUGGAGCGUGUGAUUGACGACCCAUCCAUCACCUCCCAGCCCUUCUACAUGCGAAUCCUCUACCUCUACCUGUCCAUGCUUAGUCUGCGGCCCAAGUAUUAUUUUGUAUGGACACUGGCUGACGCGAUAAACAAUGCCGCUGGUUUUGGCUUUAAUGGUUAUCACAAAGACGGCACUCCAAGAUGGGACCUGAUAUCAAACUUGAGAAUACUGGACAUAGAGCUUGCAACGAGCUUUAAGACAUUUCUCGACAACUGGAACAUUCAGACAGCGCUUUGGCUAAAAAGGGUGUGUUAUGAGCGCUGUCCGUACCACCCAACAGCAGCCACCUUCCUGCUCUCCGCCAUAUGGCAUGGAGUGUACCCAGGAUACUACCUCACCUUCCUCACGGGCACGAGCAUGACACUGGCAGCCCGGGCAGUAAGACAUAACUUAAGGCAACACUUCCUGGGUUCAUCGACACACAAGUUGAUCUACGAUGUAAUCACGUGGGCUAGCACGCAGAUCGCUAUAUGCUACACAGUGGUACCAUUCGUUGUGUUGGCAGUGGGACCUUCACUGAAGUUCUACUGGUCAUGGUACUGCUGUCUGCAUGUGAUUUGUGUGCUACUGGUCUUAGCCCUUCCUGUGAAGCGCAGAUCAUCACAUGAGAAGCAACAGGAAAAGCAGAAGCAGCCAGCGGAGGGCAGCGAUUUCCCCAGCACAGACAGCAACUGCAACCAAAAGCAGAAACUGUCCUGAAAGACAAGUGCGUCACUCCACCUCUGACACGCCGAGCUGUGGAGAACUCACAACGAGACCGAUGAGCCGGAUCGUCUUUUUUUUUCUCUCUUUUCAACCUAGCCCAAAAAGGGAUGUGACUUAAGGGUAGACAGAUGAGUGUGGUGAGUCUCAGUGAAGCAGCACUGAGGCUAAUCAUGAUUGAGUUUACAAUGGGGGGGGGAUUCUUUUAGCGUGUCUUGACCAGUUUGAUUGCAAUGAUUUGCUAACAAGAGGAAUCAAUUGGGGAUUAAUGGAGCUUAACAAAUACAAGUUGCCUUAAAAACCCUCUAUUUACUAACCAGUCCUCAGCAGACUGGUAUGGAGAUCAUUUGAGAACGGAACAUUUGAGGCAAGCUCUUGCAGUACUUAGAGGGUUUUUUUUUAAACCAUCUUCUAUUCAACAAUUUUUUUGUGCGUGGGGGGGUUUUGAUAAAAGACUUUCUUCAAUGCCAAUCUCAUAGGCCUUCCUGUUUUAGGCAGUUGUCUCUUCUUUACAGGAUCGUUUUGUUGUUCUUGUUGUUGUUGAUCAGUUUUAAUACAUAUCUGCUGCUGUCUUGGGGAGAACUUAGUUUUGAAAUGUGUGGAUUACUUCUUUAUAUCUUUUUAGCCGUUUGGUUCGAAGGCUUUCUAUUUGCAUUUUGCUCUUCAGGGCUCGGAGAAUUCCGUUCAGAAGCUUUUAGUGUCUCUGCCAUUACAGUCAUUAACAUUAACAUUCACAGGAAACACAUCGUGAGCAUGGAUUGUGGUAUAUUUACUAGGACCGUAGAUCUUUUUACAGUUCAAGAUUUAUCAUAUCUUAAUUUGUAUUAGUUUUUCUUCCUCAUGCUGCACAUGAAAAGGAAGAAGCAGCGCAUUGUAUCCUUGUUUAUUAGUAUGGCAUACGUUAGGUUAAAGGUUGAUCUGGAACGACAUUGAGGUGCAAAACAUAUUUGCCACUCUGAGCCUUUGGGACACCUUCAACAAGUGUUAAACAGCCUUACAGUCACAGUCAUUUUAAGAUGUGGUACAGUGGAAAAGACCACCUUCUGAGUAGUAGAAGUGUUAGGUGCUGGUGCAGUUUGGAAUUCGAAGCAUUCGCAAUGAUUAAGAAACAACAGUUAAAAAAAAAAGAUGUCAGAAUGCAAGAAAAGGAUGAAUAAAGCACGUAUAGAUACACAUUUGAUUGUAUUAAAAAAAAGACCACAAACAAACCGGUGUGAUGAGUACAGGAGCACAUUUCUGAAACAUAACACAAGAAACACAAGAAAUGAACACAUUUUCAACAGCAUCUCGUUAUUCUGAGAAAUGCAACGAAUUUUUACGAAUGCAAGAAGACAUCUCGGUAUUAUUAGAAAAAGGAUCUUGUGCAUUUAACAAAUCCUUAUUCUGAGAAAAGCUUCGUUACAACAAGAAAUCAAGUCUAUUUUUAAGGAAACCAACAAAACAGUUCUUAUGAAAAAAUAUUUUAGAAUUACAAAAAGAACAUCAACCUCUUGAAAUGAGAAAAGCACCUGAUUAUUCUGAGGAAAUCUAUUGUGCUCUUAUGAGAGAAAUAUUUUAGAAGCACCAGCCAAAUGAUCUUUUCUAGUACAAUGAUCUUUCUCGUAUAAUUCAAUCUUUUCUUGUAAUAAUUCAGUGUUUUUUCUCAUGCUAUGAGUUUUUAUAUAAGAAAGUUUUCUCAUAAUAAAAUGAUUUCCUUUUAUCCUGAGAAAAUAUUCGCUUAAUAUCAAGUGAUUUCUGGUAAUAAGGAGACGCUGCUGAUUAUUUCUUUUCUUUCUUCUGUGUUACAGGAAUGCCCUUCUGUAAGUAAACACUAGGCUAAUAAGUAAAUAAUUGAUUAUGCCAUAUGUAUUGGGUUUUGCAUUAGCUAAUGUAAAGCGUUUUAGUUUACAUGUACCUUUUUACGUUGACUUUUGUCCUAUUUAGGUGAAAAUUCUACCCUGCUGCAUUUAUUGCAUAUAUAAACUCCCUAUGUUUAAAUACCUGGAAGAUGUCAUUAUGUUCGUGUAUAAAGAAGACAGCACACAUGACGAUGCUGUAAAUGAAAGAAAAAACAAACAGGUGCAUUCGAUUUGUAACUAUCUGAAAGGCCAAAGGGAAAGAAACAGUAAAAUAUUGUUUGAGCAUGACAAGUGUCCCAGUCACAUAACCAGCACAUCAGUGCAAAACCACGUCUUGUGUCCAAAGUGCCAAAUCACUGCACAACUGAAACUACAUGCUCACUGUGUUUAUAUGUGGGGCAAGAGGGUGAGAGGUUUUGCACUAAAGAGAGAAUUUUUUUUUAUUUGGUCACUUGAUAGGAAAACUUUUAUUUACCUGUAGGAAAUAUGGAGAGCUUUUGUUCUCUUGGAAUUGUGUGCACUAGGUGAGGAAAACAUAAUGUAGCCCCAAAAGUAUGCCGUUGCUUUUUUUUUUUUUUCUCUCUCUAAACAAAAGUAUUGGGAAAUUUGGCAUUUCCAGCCAUAUGUGGUUCUUCGCCAGUCUGUUACCAAAAAUUUAGAGGGACACAAUUGGAUAGGAUAUCUUUGACGCAUCAGCAAUACAUUUUCCAUUUACUUGAGCUAGGACACCCAAAUCUUUGGGAUGACUUGUAAUGCUGACUACACCCCAGGCCUCCUCACCCUACAUCACUCCCUGACUUUAAUAUUGCCUCAUGGCUGAAUGAGCACAAAUAUUCACGACCAGUAGAACAUCCCAAAAGAUUCGAGGUUAUUUUUACAGCAAAAGGGGACUAAAUGUGGAAAACACAUACAAAUCCUAUAGUCGGUUGUAGUUUUUUUCCCCCCAUAUAAAGUACCAUUACAAUGCUAUACUGUGUAAAGAUUCUUUUUUACACAGACUAUGAUAUUGUCAGUGUCAAAGUCUGAAUGAACACUUGUCUAGAGUAAAUAUUGACCAUGUGUUUGAAUAUGAAUUUGUAUUUGUCGAGCCUAACAGCUGUUUGUCAGACGUUAAGUUAUGUUUAGGUUAUGUCGAGGUCAGCGUUAUUAGUACAUGUUACACAGAGCACAUUUAUUCCUUCUUCUAUUGCAGUUGAGUUAAAGUCAUAUGUUUCACACAGUCAUCUUUCACAAGACUUUCAAUGCGUCACACACGGAAGAAUAGAAGAAUGAGCCGAGAGUUUACUGUAAGUCAGGAUCAGCUUAUUUUUCCUUCUCUAGCUUUAGUUUGCAUUGUUAUAUUAAUGCGGCCAUACGCACCCCCAAAGACACGAGUAUUGCACCGUCACUUAAACUCAUUGAUUCCAUAAUUUGUGUAUUUACUGUUAACUCAUUGUUUUAUCAUUUCCAUGAAUCUUGUAUCAUCAGGUUUUAUCACUUGAGGCCAGAGGUGUACAUCUGAGAUCCAGCUGUAAGUCCAUGUGUAGGUCAAAACAAUGGCUCAAUGUUAAUUGACGUUGCGUUCGUAAAACAUUCCGGGACCUUCCCAUGAAAAGCAGCCAGUAACACAGCCAUAUUUUAACCCAUAUGUUUGAUCUAUGACGGGGGUUGUGUCAUGCAGAUUUUUUUUUUAUCAUGCUACAUGCAUUGACAUUUCUGCAAAACCAAAAUAUAUCUUUUAUUAUUAUUGUGAUCAUUUUAUUCUUUUCAUUAGAUUUGUCAUAAGAUGAAGAAUAAACAUGGUUUGCCUUUAUGGGAUUUGUUUAACCAUUAUUAGUUUUUUUUUUUCGAGGGAAAUUCAAAUGUCAAGAAAUGAUUUUAUUAUUUUUCAUUUUUUAUCUGGCUGACAUAAAUUUGGAGAUUGUUCUUUACACAUUUUCUAAACACUGUGAUUUUUACCUCAUUCAGAUUCUAUAUUUAAAGAAAUACUUGUAUACAUUCUAACAAGUCUCUUUUUUGUUGUUCGUUUUAAGACUCUUCAUCCUGUCUUGUAUGUCUUGUGUGUUUGACGGUGAGCUACUGAUUUAACCAGAUGAUUAAAAAUGUUUAUGAACGUG